CGCUGUACGCUUCCCCACUCCCGCUGCCGCGACAGACCAGUCAAACCAAAAGCCGCACCCAAACGCUACGCCUCCACCUUCCCUCCUUCCCAUGUCGGCUCGGCUCCCCUCCAAAAACCACCGCCUCUUCCUCUCCCGCUUCCCCUCCUCUCCUCCCGUAGUCGUAAGCCGUAGGCGGGUGGCGGCAUAAGAAUAUCAAGAGCCGUGAGGCGAGAGCCUGGGAGGACGCGGUUGCGGCGAUGGAGGGCGCGUGGAGGAAGGUCAGGAGGGCGCUGGGCCUCCGCCUUUGCGUGCACGCCCCCAGGGUGGGCGGUUGCGAGCGGCGGGCCCCGGCGGGCGUCGGUGGCUGUCGGCGGGAUGUGGCGGUGACGGUGGCGGCGUCGGCGGCGGAGGGCGAGUCGGGGCCGAUCACGCCGGCGGACGCGCUCCGGCGGUCCACGUCUCGGGGCAGGUCUUCCUCCUCCUCCAAGCAGGGGAAAUGUGCAAUAUGCUUUGCUACCAUGAGAUCUGGCCAUGGUCAAGCCCUGUUUACUGCAGAAUGUUCUCAUAUGUUCCAUUUUCAGUGUAUCUCAUCUAAUGUAAAACAUGGAAAUUAUGUCUGCCCGGUUUGUCGAGCGAAGUGGAAAGAGAUACCCUGUCGCUCACUAUCUUCUAAUAGCCCUGCUGGAAGAAUUGGAAUUAACCAAAGAUCUCCCCAACAAGAUCCCCUUAUGGCUCUUAACCGGCAAGUUCCAAACCGUCGGCGGGAUGCCCGUCGCUUACGUACUCCUGAGCCAGCAGACUACAAUGAUGAUGAACCUUUGCAGCACAAAGAGGCUUUUGACAAUCUUAAUUUUGGAUCUAGUAGAACUGCCGGGAUCAGCUCAUACCCAGAAUUCCUAGCCGUUCCACAGUCAUCAUCUAUAGAUGGAUUUGAUAUUCUUAUCCAUGUAAAGGCCCCCACUGCUAGCCCAGACCACGUCACAGUCAGUUUAGCCAAUGAAAGCUCUGUGAGAUCGACAAGCAGAGCUCCUGUUGAUCUUAUUACCGUGCUUGAUGUUAGUGGCAGUAUGGCAGGCACAAAGCUAGCACUCCUGAAGCUAUCAAUGGGUUUUGUUGUUCAGCACCUUGGCCCAUCUGAUCGCCUUUCAGUCAUUGCUUUUUCAUCUACCGCCCGAAGACUGUUCCCUCUUCGGCGUAUGUCACAUCAUGGCCGGCAGCAGGCCUUGCAGAAAAUUAACUCACUUGGCGCUGGUGGUGGUACGAAUAUUGCUGAUGCAUUAAAGAAAGCUAUGAAAGUGAUUGAGGACCGCAGCUACAAGAAUUCAGUAUGCAGUAUCGUUCUUCUGUCAGAUGGUCAAGAUUCCUACAACAUUUCUUCAAAUGUCCAAGGAACCUCAGCAGAUCAUAGGCCACUUGUUCCAUCUUCUAUUAUAAAUGAUGAACGCAAUAUGGUACCUCUACAUGCUUUUGGCUUUGGAGCAGACCAUGAUUCGGAUACCUUGCAUUCCAUUGCUGAAGCUUCCGGUGGCACAUUUUCCUUUAUAGAGGAUGAAGGUGUGAUGCAAGAUGCGUUUGCUCAAUGUAUUGGUGGGCUUCUUAGUGUUGCUGUUCGGGAGAUGCGUCUUAGCAUGGAAUGUGUUGAUCCUGGUGUUCAACUCUGUUCCAUCAGAUGUGGUAGCUAUCCAAGUAAGGUGGCAAGGGAUGGACGAAACGGAUCAGUUGAUAUUGGUCACUUGUAUGCUGAUGAGGAGAGAGACAUUUUGCUGGCGGUGACCAUCCCAAAAUCUCGUGAACAGACUUCACUGUUAAGAGUCGCUUGUGCCUACAGAGAUCCUGUGACAAAUGAGACUAUCAAGAUUCAAGGUGACGAGGUGAAAAUCAAGAGGCCAACAUCAAUCGUGUCUGAACCAGUAUCCAUUGAAGUCGAUCGAGAGAGGAACCGCAUACAAGCUGCCAAUUCUAUUGAAUCUGCACGGGCUGCUGCUGAAAGGGGUACUCUUUCCGAGGCUGUGACCAUUCUAGAGGAUUGCCGGAGGGUGCUGUCAGAAUCCUUCGCUAGCCAGAGCGGGGACCGUCUAUGUAUGGCUCUUGAUGCCGAGCUAAGGGAGAUGCAGGAGAGGAUGGCAAACCGCCAACUUUAUGAAGCUUCAGGAAGGGCAUAUAUGCUGUCUGGACUGAGUUCACAUUCUUGGCAGAGAGCAACAGCGCGUGGAGAUUCGACAGAUAGCACCACUCUUGUUUACUCCUAUCAAACACCAUCCAUGGUUCACAUGCUGCAGGAUUCCCAGAACCAUUCUUGGAGAAGCCUCAUGCAAGGUAAUUCGCCAUUAUCUCGGCAAUGAAAUGUUCUGAUGAUGCUACAAGAUUCAUCUUAGGUUUCAUAUUCUUAGCAUUGAUUGCUGGUACUUUACCAGUACCUAUUUAUUCUUCUGUUUAUUUGAGUCAUGAUGGGGUUAUACGGAAGAAAUUGAGGUGCGCGGGGUAGUGAAUACUGAAUACAUUGUGGGAGCUAUAAUCGUGUGAUUGAAGGAAAAAAAUAUUUAUGAAGAGGGAUUGGAGAUGUAAAUAGUUCGGUUCCUAAAAUUUAUUAAUGAAAUAUUCCAUAUUUUUGGAAA